AUGGUGGAUGCUUUCUGUGCCACCUGGAAGCUGACGGACAGUCAGAAUUUUGAUGAGUAUAUGAAAGCUCUGGGUGUGGGCUUCGCCACUAGGCAAGUAGGAAAUGUGACCAAGCCAACGGUUAUAAUCAGCCAGGAAGGUGGCAAAGUGGUGAUCAGGACCCAGUGCACAUUCAAGAACACAGAGAUCAGCUUCCAGCUGGGCGAAGAGUUUGAGGAAACCAGCAUAGAUGACAGGAACUGUAAGUCUGUUGUUCGGUUGGAUGGAGACAAACUUAUUCAUGUCCAGAAAUGGGAUGGCAAAGAAACAGAUUGUGUAAGAGAAAUUAAGGACGGCAAAAUGAUUGUGACUCUUACCUUUGGCGAUGUUGUUGCUGUCCGCUGUUAUGAAAAGGCAUAG